AGCCGAGCGGUCGCCCGGCUCGCGCGGGGGGCGGGAGGGGGGCCGCCGGCUGCACUCCGGGGCAGGCGCUCUGCACUGAGACAGUAAAUGCAUCCCUCGUGCUACCACAGGUGACAUCUGAGGCUUCUUGGCUCUUGAUGCCCAGCUGCCCAGCCUCUUAGACCAGCCUCUCGGAAACUAUAUUGCUGCUGAAGGCGUCUCAGAUGCUUCAGAAUAUCUACAAGGAAUCUGACUCUGCAUGAACUGAGGAUCUAGACAUUCUAGGUGAGAGUCUUCAGAUUGCUUAGCAACAUGGUGGCCCUAUCCUUGAAGAUUUGUGUCCGCCACUGCAAUGUGGUAAAGACUAUGCAGUUUGAGCCUUCCACGGCUGUGUAUGAUGCCUGCCGAGUCAUUCGAGAACGAGUCCCUGAGGCACAAACUGGCCAAGCUUCUGACUAUGGCCUGUUUCUCUCUGAUGAAGACCCCAGGAAAGGGAUCUGGCUGGAAGCGGGCAGAACACUGGAUUAUUACAUGUUGCGGAAUGGGGAUAUUCUGGAGUAUAAGAAGAAGCAGAGGCCUCAGAAAAUCCGCAUGCUGGAUGGCUCUGUGAAGACCGUGAUGGUGGAUGACUCCAAGACGGUGGGCGAGCUGCUGGUCACUAUCUGCAGCAGAAUAGGAAUAACAAACUAUGAAGAAUACUCUUUAAUCCAAGAAACAAUGGAAGAAAAGAAGGAGGAAGGGACGGGGACACUGAAAAAAGACAGGACUCUCUUACGGGAUGAGAAAAAAAUGGAGAAACUGAAGGCCAAGCUGCACACAGAUGAUGACUUGAAUUGGCUAGAUCAUAGCCGAACGUUCAGAGAACAAGGAGUGGAUGAGAAUGAGACGCUGCUGCUGAGACGGAAGUUCUUCUACUCUGAUCAGAACGUAGACUCCAGAGACCCUGUGCAGCUGAACUUGCUCUACGUGCAGGCUCGGGAUGACAUCCUGAAUGGCUCACAUCCUGUAUCCUUCGAGAAAGCUUGUGAGUUUGGUGGAUUUCAAGCUCAGAUCCAGUUUGGACCUCACGUGGAACAUAAGCAUAAACCUGGAUUCUUAGAUCUCAAGGAAUUCCUGCCCAAAGAAUACAUUAAACAGAGAGGUGCUGAAAAGAGAAUAUUUCAGGAGCACAGGAACUGUGGAGAGAUGAAUGAAAUAGAAGCCAAGGUCAAGUAUGUCAAACUGGCUCGCUCCCUCCGGACCUAUGGAGUAUCCUUCUUUCUGGUGAAGGAAAAGAUGAAAGGCAAAAACAAGCUAGUGCCUCGCCUGCUGGGGAUCACCAAGGACUCAGUGAUGCGCGUGGAUGAGAAAACCAAGGAGGUGCUGCAGGAGUGGCCACUCACCACAGUCAAGCGCUGGGCAGCCUCUCCCAAGAGCUUCACUCUGGAUUUUGGGGAGUAUCAAGAAAGCUAUUAUUCAGUCCAAACCACCGAGGGAGAGCAGAUAUCCCAGCUGAUUGCCGGCUAUAUUGAUAUCAUCCUAAAAAAGAAACAAAGCAAAGACAGAUUUGGACUAGAAGGUGAUGAGGAGUCGACUAUGUUAGAGGAGUCAGUUUCCCCCAAAAAAUCCACCAUCCUACAGCAGCAGUUCAACCGGACGGGGAAGGUGGAGCACGGCUCAGUGGCGCUGCCUGCCGUUAUGCGCUCGGGAUCCAGCGGCCCUGAGACCUUCAAUGUGGGCAGCAUGCCUUCACCACAGCUGCAAGUCCUGGUGGGCCAGAUGCACCACGGCCACAUGCCCCCACUGACUUCGGCCCAGCAGGCCCUCAUGGGCACCAUCAACACAAGCAUGCACGCUGUCCAGCAGGCCCAUGAGGACCUCAGUGAGCUCGACGCCCUGCCACCACUUGGCCAGGACAUGGCAUCUAGGGUGUGGGUUCAGAAUAAAGUGGAUGAAUCCAAACAUGAAAUUCAUUCUCAAGUAGACGCCAUCACAGCUGGAACCGCUUCUGUUGUUAAUCUCACAGCUGGUGAUCCUACAGACACCGACUACACAGCUGUGGGGUGUGCCAUCACCACCAUCUCCUCUAACCUGACUGAGAUGUCCAAGGGCGUGAAGCUGCUGGCGGCCCUCAUGGACGACGAGGUGGGCAGUGGGGAAGACUUGCUCCGUGCAGCCCGAACCCUGGCUGGAGCAGUAUCGGACCUACUGAAGGCUGUGCAACCCACUUCUGGGGAGCCUCGACAGACAGUCCUGACCGCUGCUGGAAGUGUUGGCCAAGCCAGUGGGGAUCUUCUGAGACAGAUCGGAGAGAAUGAGACAGAUGAGCGGUUCCAAGAUGUUCUGAUGAGUUUGGCCAAAGCUGUAGCCAAUGCUGCUGCCAUGCUGGUGCUCAAGGCCAAGAACGUGGCACAGGCAGUGGAAGACACGGUCCUGCAGAACAGGGUCAUUGCAGCCGCCACCCAGUGUGCCCUCUCUACCUCACAGCUCGUGGCAUGCGCCAAGGUGGUGAGUCCCACCAUCAGCUCCCCAGUGUGCCAGGAACAGCUGGUGGAGGCGGGGAAGCUCGUGGACCGCUCAGUGGAGAGCUGCGUGCGGGCCUGCCAGGCGGCCACCGAUGAUCGGGAGCUGCUGCAGCAGGUCAGCGCAGCGGCCAGCGUGGUCAGCCAGGCCCUCCACGACCUCCUGCAGCAUGUGCGCCAGUUCGCCAGCCGCGGCGAGCCCAUUGGCCGCUACGACCAGGCCACGGACACCAUCAUGUGUGUCACCGAGAGCAUCUUCAGCUCCAUGGGCGACGCUGGUGAGAUGGUACGCCAGGCCCGAGUCCUGGCGCAGGCCACCUCGGACCUCGUCAAUGCCAUGAGGUCAGAUGCAGAAGCUGAAAUCGACAUGGAGAAUUCCAAGAAGCUCUUGGCAGCUGCCAAACUCCUGGCUGACUCCACAGCACGCAUGGUGGAAGCUGCAAAGGGGGCUGCAGCUAAUCCUGAGAAUGAGGCCCAGCAGCAGAGGUUGAGAGAAGCUGCAGAGGGUUUGCGGGUGGCCACCAAUGCUGCUGCCCAGAAUGCCAUCAAGAAAAAAAUCAUCAACCGCCUAGAGGUGGCAGCUAAGCAGGCAGCAGCUGCCGCCACCCAGACCAUCGCCGCCUCCCAGAAUGCGGCUGUGUCCAACAAGAACUCUGCAGCUCAGCAGCAGUUGGUUCAGAGCUGCAAGGCUGUGGCUGAUCACAUUCCUCAACUGGUACAAGGAGUCCGGGGCAGCCAGACCCAAGCAGAAGACCUUAGCGCCCAGCUGGCUCUCAUUGUUUCCAGCCAAAACUUCCUGCAGCCUGGAAGCAAGAUGGUGGCAUCUGCCAAGGCUGCGGUGCCCACAGUGAGUGACCAGGCUGCAGCCAUGCAACUAAGCCAAUGCGCCAAGAACCUGGCCACCAGCUUGGCAGAGCUACGGACUGCCUCGCAGAAGGCCCAUGAAGCUUGUGGUCCCAUGGAGAUCGAUUCUGCUUUGAGCACAGUGCAGACACUCAAGAGUGAGCUGCAGGACGCCAAGAUGGCCUCAGUGGAGAGUCAGCUGAAGCCACUCCCAGGGGAAACACUGGAGAAGUGUGCACAGGACCUGGGAAGCACGUCGAAGGCCGUGGGCUCCUCCAUGGCACAGCUGCUGACAUGCGCUGCCCAAGGCAACGAGCACUAUACAGGGGUAGCUGCUAGAGAGACAGCCCAAGCACUGAAAACUCUGGCCCAGGCCGCCCGGGGUGUGGCUGCAUCCACCAGUGACCCCACAGCCACUCACGCCAUGCUCGACUCAGCUAGAGAUGUGAUGGAGGGCUCGGCCAUGCUUAUCCGGGAAGCCAAGCAGGCCCUGAUUGCACCUGGUGAUGCUGAGAGUCAGCAGAGACUGGCUCAGGUGGCCAAAGCUGUCUCACACUCCCUCAACAACUGCGUGAACUGCCUCCCAGGACAGAAGGAUGUGGAUGUGGCUCUGAAGAGCAUUGGGGAGUCUAGCAAGAAGCUGUUGGUGGACUCGCUACCGCCCAGCACGAAACCUUUCCAGGAAGCCCAGAGUGAGCUCAACCAAGCUGCAGCUGACCUGAACCAGUCUGCCGGAGAGGUGGUCCAUGCCACCCGGGGUCAGAGUGGGGAGCUGGCUGCAGCCUCGGGGAAGUUCAGCGAUGAUUUUGAUGAAUUCCUGGAUGCUGGCAUUGAGAUGGCGGGCCAAGCCCAGACAAAAGAAGACCAGAUCCAGGUAAUUGGGAAUCUCAAGAAUAUCUCUAUGGCAUCCAGCAAGCUAUUGUUGGCUGCCAAGUCUCUCUCUGUAGACCCAGGAGCCCCCAACGCGAAAAAUCUCCUGGCUGCAGCUGCAAGAGCUGUGACCGAGAGCAUCAAUCAGCUCAUUACUCUGUGCACUCAGCAAGCCCCUGGCCAGAAGGAGUGUGACAACGCCUUGCGGGAGCUUGAGACCGUCAAGGGGAUGUUGGACAAUCCGAAUGAACCUGUGAGUGAUCUCUCCUACUUCGACUGCAUCGAGAGUGUGAUGGAGAACUCUAAGGUCCUGGGCGAGUCCAUGGCAGGAAUCUCACAGAAUGCCAAGACUGGGGACCUCCCCGCUUUCGGAGAAUGUGUCGGGGCAGCGUCCAAAGCACUUUGCGGGCUGACAGAGGCCGCAGCUCAGGCUGCCUACUUGGUUGGCAUCUCAGAUCCAAACAGCCAGGCAGGCCACCAGGGCCUUGUGGACCCCAUCCAGUUUGCCAGGGCCAACCAGGCUAUCCAAAUGGCAUGCCAGAGCCUGGUGGACCCAGGAAGCAGCCCCUCCCAGGUACUGUCCGCUGCUACCAUUGUGGCCAAGCACACCUCGGCCUUGUGCAACGCCUGCCGCAUUGCCUCCUCCAAGACAGCCAACCCAGUAGCCAAGAGGCAUUUUGUCCAGUCUGCCAAGGAAGUGGCCAACAGCACUGCCAACCUGGUGAAGACCAUCAAGGCCCUGGAUGGGGAUUUCUCUGAAGACAACCGCAACAAGUGUCGUCUGGCCACAGCUCCCUUGAUUGAUGCAGUGGACAACCUGACAGCAUUUGCCUCCAACCCCGAAUUUGUCAGCAUUCCUGCCCAGAUCAGCUCUGAGGGCUCCCAGGCACAAGAACCAAUCCUGAUCUCAGCCAAGACCAUGCUGGAGAGUUCCUCAUACCUCAUCCGCACAGCUUGCUCCCUUGCCAUCAACCCCAAAGACCCACCCACCUGGUCAGUGCUGGCAGGACAUUCCCACACUGUGUCUGACUCUAUUAAGAGUCUCAUCACAUCCAUCAGGGACAAGGCCCCUGGACAGAGGGAAUGCGACUACUCCAUUGACGGCAUCAACCGCUGCAUCAGGGACAUUGAGCAGGCCUCACUGGCUGCUGUCAGCCAGAGCUUGGCCACGAGGGAUGAUAUCUCAGUGGAGGCCCUACAGGAGCAGCUGACCUCAGUGGUGCAGGAAAUCGGGCACCUCAUCGACCCCAUUGCCACGGCAGCUCGGGGAGAAGCAGCUCAGCUGGGGCAUAAGGUGACCCAGCUGGUGAGCUACUUCGAGCCCUUGAUUUUAGCCUCUGUGGGUGUGGCCUCCAAGAUCUUGGACCACCAGCAACAGAUGACAGUGCUGGACCAGACCAAGACGCUGGCAGAGUCGGCCCUGCAGAUGUUGUAUGCAGCCAAGGAAGGGGGAGGAAACCCCAAGGCCCAGCACACCCAUGACGCCAUCACCGAGGCUGCCCAGCUCAUGAAGGAAGCCGUAGAUGACAUCAUGGAAACACUAAAUGAAGCUGCCAGUGAGGUGGGGCUAGUGGGCGGCAUGGUGGACGCCAUUGCAGAGGCCAUGAGCAAGCUGGAUGAAGGCACUCCUCCAGAACCAAAGGGCACCUUCGUUGACUAUCAGACAACUGUAGUUAAAUACUCCAAAGCCAUUGCGGUAACAGCUCAGGAAAUGAUGACUAAGUCGGUCACUAACCCGGAGGAGUUGGGAGGACUGGCCUCACAAGUCACCAGUGACUAUGGGCACCUGGCUCUGCAGGGCCACCUGGCAGCGGCCACGGCGGAGCCAGAGGAGAUUGGCUUCCAGAUACGUACCCGAGUGCAGGACCUGGGCCACGGCUGUAUCUUCCUCGUGCAGAAAGCAGGGGCCCUGCAGGCAUGCCCCUCCGACAGCUACACCAAAAGGGAGCUGAUCGAGUGUGCCCGCACCGUCACAGAGAAGGUAUCCUUGGUGCUCUCAGCUCUCCAGGCUGGCAACAAGGGGACGCAGGCCUGCAUCACUGCCGCCACGGCCGUGUCUGGGAUCAUUGCUGACCUGGACACCACUAUCAUGUUUGCCACUGCUGGGACGCUCAAUGCUGAGAACAAUGAGACCUUCGCAGACCACAGGGAAAACAUCCUGAAGACAGCCAAGGCCCUGGUGGAGGACACGAAGCUGCUGGUGUCCGGUGCUGCAUCCACCCCAGACAAGUUGGCCCAGGCCGCCCAGUCCUCGGCGGCCACUAUCACGCAGCUGGCUGAGGUGGUGAAACUGGGCGCAGCCUCCCUGGGCGCUGACGACCCAGAGACCCAGGUGGUGCUGAUCAAUGCCAUCAAGGAUGUGGCCAAGGCACUGUCUGAUCUUAUCGGAGCCACCAAGGGAGCAGCCAGCAAACCAGCUGAUGACCCCUCCAUGUACCAGCUCAAGGGGGCCGCCAAGGUGAUGGUGACCAAUGUGACGUCCCUCCUCAAGACUGUGAAGGCGGUGGAAGAUGAGGCCACACGUGGUACGCGUGCGCUGGAGGCCACAAUUGAGUACAUGAAGCAGGAACUCACGGUAUUCCAGUCAAACGAGGUGCCUGAGAAGACAUCUUCCCCAGAGGAGUCCAUCAGGAUGACCAAAGGCAUCACCAUGGCCACCGCCAAGGCUGUGGCCGCGGGCAACUCAUGCCGGCAGGAGGAUGUGGUCGCCACCGCCAACCUGAGCAGGAAGGCUGUGGCCGACAUGCUCAUGGCCUGCAAGCAAGCAUCUUUCCACCCUGACGUCAGCGAAGAGAUACGCAAUAGAGCCCUACACUAUGGGACUGAGUGCACGCUGGGCUACCUGGACCUGCUGGAGCAUGUGCUGGUGAUUUUGCAGAAACCAACACCCGAACUCAAGCUCCAGCUGGCUGGUUUCUCCAAACGUGUGGCCAGCGCCGUGACCGAGCUCAUUCAGGCAGCUGAAGCCAUGAAAGGGUCAGAGUGGGUGGAUCCCGAAGACCCAACCGUCAUUGCAGAAACAGAAUUGCUGGGGGCAGCAGCGUCCAUUGAGGCUGCCGCUAAGAAGUUGGAGCAGCUGAAGCCGAGAGCAAAGCCAAAACAAGCAGACGAGACUCUGGAUUUUGAAGAACAGAUCUUGGAAGCUGCUAAGUCGAUUGCUGCUGCCACCAGUGCUCUGGUCAAAUCAGCCUCGGCAGCCCAGAGAGAGCUGGUGGCCCAAGGAAAGGUGGGCUCCAUUCCUGCCAAUGCUGCUGAUGACGGACAGUGGUCCCAGGGCCUGAUUUCUGCCGCCAGAAUGGUGGCAGCUGCAACCAGCAGCCUGUGCGAGGCAGCCAACGCCUCGGUCCAGGGCCACGCCAGUGAGGAGAAGCUCAUCUCAUCCGCCAAGCAGGUUGCUGCAUCCACAGCCCAGCUGCUCGUGGCCUGCAAGGUGAAGGCUGACCAGGACUCGGAGGCCAUGAGGCGCCUACAGGUAAUGGUCUCAGAUGCUGGUGGGAAAGCACUGCUGUUGGAGCGGGUGGCAGGAAAUGCUGUGAAACGAGCCUCAGACAAUCUUGUUCGUGCUGCCCAGAAGGCUGCCUUUGGCAAAGCUGAUGAUGAUGAUGUCGUAGUGAAAACAAAGUUUGUAGGGGGUAUUGCGCAGAUCAUCGCUGCCCAGGAGGAAAUGCUAAAGAAAGAGCGGGAGCUAGAAGAAGCAAGGAAAAAGCUGGCCCAGAUCCGUCAGCAGCAGUAUAAGUUCCUUCCCACCGAACUGAGGGAGGACGAAGGCUAAGGCCAGAGCCUUGGGGGCAAGCACCAGGGGAUGUUUCUGCAAGAACUGGACACACUCUGCUCUGGAAAGGCUGGGCUCCAGCCUGGGAGCCACUUGCCUCCCCCUGAGCCAGCGCUACUCCUGGAGCUUGUGCCCCUUCUCUGUCCUGUCAGCCAUGGCUGCAUGAUUAUGAUGUCUCAUAUGUCACAUGGUAGUGUCUCACCUACAGCGCCUCAGCCCCUCCCCACACCUCACUGUAUCUCAGGAGAGAGGGGCUCACACAUGUUUGGUGGAUGGCCAUCCCACAUGGAAGUUCAGUAUUAUCUCAUUCUCAGACACUGGCUUUGCUUGAUUCUUGUCUAGGUCUCUUGAUGAAAUCUCUGUAGGAAAAAAACAGCAAGAGCUCAGAGGAAGUGAUUGAUGUGGUAGAUUCUGAAAGAUACUCUUCUCUGACUCAGGAGAAGGUGCAAGAGACAGGUGGACAUGCGUGGUAAAAAUUCGGAACAUAGGUCACUGUGGACUCCAAGAGGGCAGCUGUGUCUCCAGUGUCAGCUUGAGGGAGAGUUUCUGCUCCCAUUUGCACGCUUUCUUGCCUCUGUGUGUAAGCUCCUUGUACAGCCUAGACCUAUCUUGUAUCCUGUGGCCCCGGAAAUCAAAUGGCUAUUUUUUUUCCCUUCAUGAUCUCAAGGGCAGAAGGGUGCUGCCUGUCAGGGCGCGGCGUGCAGGGGCUGUAAUAAAAUAUGUGGCUCCUUAUGCUGCAGAGGCUGUUUCAGUCCACACACACCUGGAUUCCCCCAGAUCAUGGUCCCUUCUGAUGUGCUGCAGAUUCUGGAAUCAGCGAGAUGGAGCAGUUCCUGGGGAUGCCUUCCUGGUCAGCUUCUCUGCUCUCAGAAGGACCAGAAUGUAGAUUCAGGAGGCACCUACUCCCAACAUCUGUCCCCUCGGGCCGACGACAGAACUCAGAAGGCAAAUGUGUGUGUCAAACACAGGGAGCCCUGGGUCUGAUCCGGAUACUGCAUGAUUCUCUGAGCACUGCCAGGGAGCAACCACCAGGCACUGAGCCGGGAGUCACCCCGAUCUUGUCUUGUGGCCCAGAAACCAAAGACCUGUCACCUGUCUCCCAACUAGGAUGUGUGCUUCUAUUCAGUUCUCUUAAACUCCAGAGAUGUGCUAAAAUCAACACAAACUGGCAGCAAGACAUUUUCUUAGCAUCACUUGGUGGCAGUGUAGACAUGCAUAGGUUUUCAGUGUUGAUCUUCUAAAGACAAAUGGAAUUGGUUUGUUUCUGACUCCUCUCUCUUCUAGCACCUUCUCUUUGGAUGGGCCAGAAGGCCUUACAUGCUUCUUACUGAUGCAGUACUGGGAGUUGGUGCUCGAGGCCACUCAGGAUGUUGAAAAGAUUAACAAGGGGGAAGCCUGGUGGGCAGGUGGUUUUCAGAGCUGAUUGCUGCUGGUGUUGCCCUCCCUCCCCUCCAUGUCUGCAGCAAUGAGGGGUCAUUUUAAUGUACCAGGCAGGGGAACAUGUUGGUGCUUUGGUCCUCAAAAUGUGUCAGUUCUAUGGGGCCAGAGAGAUAGCACAGCAGCAAAAGCACUUGCCUUGCACACAGCCAACUGGGACUAGAUCCCUGACACCCCGGGAUAGCUAGGAGAUUUGUGUUAUACAUACUAGAAUUAUCUUGCCAGUGAAUCAAAAGCUAGAAGGAAGGUAGUGCAGACAGAAAGUGAGACUCUGUGGGGAAGUGGAGGGCAAGGUGUAGGGGGCGAAGGAGGUCGGGAUUCUCUGGGGACACUCAGCCUCUUGCAUGAACCAACAGACUCUUCUUGCUGCAACACCCCUCACUCUGAACAGAAGCCCCCAGGAGCCCUGUGUGCUGGGUUCUCCCUGAGAGUCACCUCCAGGGCAGCUCAGGGCACUUCCAGAACCUCCGAUAGGGCAAACCCUGAGGCUCAGCAGCCACAUAUGUUCAUGGUCUCCCAUGAACCAUGAGAGGGAAGGUCCCUCUGUGGCUUCCCUGACACACCCUCACAUCACAGGAGCCACACAGUGACGGGCAGCACAUCCCCUGUCCUGCUCAGAGCCCUUUCACUUCAGUCGCAUUUAUCUUAUUUUGUUUUUUAAUUUUUCUUAAAAAUUAUACUUCAUGGGGCUUGAGUGAUAGCACAGCGGGUAGGGCAUUUGCCUUGCACACGGAUGACCUGGGUUCAAUUCCCAGCAUCCCAUAUGGUCCCCUGAGCACCGCCAGGGGUAAUUCCUGAGUGCAGAGCCAUGAGUAACCCCUGUGCAUUGCUGGGUGUGACCCCAAAAGAAAAAUAUAUAUACUUCAUGAUAUUGGAUUAUUUUUGUAAACUUUUUUUUCUUUUUAUCUCCCUCAUUUUUUUUUAUUUUUUAAAGAAUAUUUUUGAGGGACUGUGAUUUAGAAAAUUAAACUUGAGUUUUAGGCAUCAGUUUUCCAACACCAAUCCCCCCCCCCCCCGUCAGUGUCAUCUUCCCUCCACCAAUGUUCCAGGGUCUCAUCCCCACCCCUGGCCUGCCUCCUUGAUAGCACAUUUUUGUUUUUAUACUCUGUGGUUUAUAGUACUGUUCACGGUAGGGGUUCAUGCGUAACAUAAUCCAGCACCACUCCCUUCCCGAGUGUCCACUUUCCUCCACCACUGUCCCUCCCUGUGACAGGCUUCCUACUGAAGACCGGUUCUCAGUUUCUGUUGCUUUGGGACAUUUGUUAUUCCCAGAGCCUGCAGAGAGAGCCAAGGUCAAGGAGAGGCCCAGGAUGGAGCUGCCUUGGCGGAGAGCAACAGAAACAGUCUCCCGUGAGCUCUUAUUCGGCCCGCUGUUCCACGCUGGGCGCAGUUGUCCAUCCUUAAAGUCCAUCUGCACUGUUCAUCUGGUCUCACCUGGCUGCUCUUGGGCUCUCCAGGUGCUGCUGUGGGAGGUUCCUGGGCCACGAGGAGGUUCUGGCCCUGCAGAGGGAGGUCAUGUGGAGCGUGUGGCAACAGAGUCCAAGUGGCCCUGCCUGUCAAGAGAAGUGCCAGGGGGCUGGAGGUGGGGUGUGAGGGGGACUUUGAAGUCUUGGGAAGAUGUCAUUUUUAAGGGGGCCUCCCUAUUCUACCCAGUCCAGCUGGCAGGCAUAAUGUUUCCAUGUUCAGGCCCAUUGGAUCCUUCCAUACUGGAGGACCAUCAAGGUUCAGGGGUUAUGCCAUGCUGGGAAUUGGACCUUAGGCCUCUCCGUGCAAGGCCUGUGCCCCGGCAGUUUGAACCAUCUCCCCAGCCCUGGGAAGGGGCUUCUCUCUGUCCAGGUCUUGCUGUCACUGAAGGAAGACAAGGAACCUCCUGCAGUUUGGGAACUGAGCUGUGAUGGGGAAUUGGAGUUUCCUUCAUUCUUUCCUGAGUCUGGAUCCAAGCUGAGGCUAGACUGCUCUGCUCCGUGUCCAGCCAGCUACGGUACUGGCAGCCAGUGCAAAUAGGUUCCCAAGUCUUGGGUAAUCCUGGACUGGGCAUGACUGUCCUAGAGCCAGUGCCAAGGGACCCAGUCUGUGAGGAACCCCUACAGCUAUGCUCAAUCCAGAAGACCCCAGGGCCCCUGCAAGGCUUCCCCUGCUGACCUUCUGGUGCUUUGUGGGUUCACGGACAACUCAAGUCUAUGCUCAGUUUAGCCAAACACAAAACAGAAUCUUAUCCCCAUCCUUACCCCCUGGAAAUGGACUGGACCCCCACAACUGGGGUGAUCCCAACCCAGGGAUCACCAACCCAGGGAUCCCAACCCAGGGAUCACCCAGGGAGAACCUUCUAGGGAAGCCAGCAGCAACGGGGAGAGCGGGGACAGUGAGUGGUGUAAUUCCCCUCUCAGGGGUCACAGGCCUUUGCAGAUGGGCUUGGCCCCUGCACACAACCCCCAGUUCCUUUCACACCCUCCAGCCUGAGCUCUGCAGGGCCUCAGAGGAGUGUGACCAGCAGGCCCAGCCAGAUAAUCCCCACGUUCAAAGCUUAGACUCCAAAGGGUCCCCUCUGGUUACCCAGGGAUCAGCAGAGCUGCUUUAGGCUAAGGGACAACAGAGUCCAGAUGCCCAGCGAUCCCGACAGUCUCAGUGGAGGCUCCUUUAGGCACCCCCUCGGGUCCCCAAGAGCCCCAUUUAAAGGCAACUGAAACUCGUGAUUCCCUUUUGCCCUUGUUCUUGGUGUUUGUGUGUAGGGUCACUUGGAAUAGGUGUGUGACAAGCUUUAUUGACUGAAAAGUUUUCUGUAAAACUCUGAGUCUACCUCCCAGUGUCCCCCCUCCCCCACUGAAAAACAUCCGUGUGUGAGUCCCCAGAUCAGCGUCUCCUGGUUCCACAAAGUGGGUUUCAUGCAGCUUUCUCCUCAGCAAACCAAGAGAACAAAAGCAAACAGUAAUCUUCCCUGUGUCACACUAACUUCACAGAUCUGGUCACAGAAAUUAUUUUUUUAAUUCGCCGGAAAUAAACUCUUCAAGGAAUGAA